AUGCAGUGCCCUCCUCCCAGCGCGGGUUCAGCCUGGUCCUCCCCGCCACUGGGGGGCGCAAGCCGCCCACUCUCGCCGGGCCCCCGCCUGGGCCGGCCCCUCCCGCCGCUCCCGCGGCUCAGCGGCCCGCCCCCUCCCCCCGCGCCCCUCCCGCGGGCCCGUCCCCCUUCCUGCCCCUCCUCGUCCGGGAUGUUGCUGCCGCUGCUGCGGAAUAGCUGCUUCCCUUCUUCCUCUCCCGGCGGCAGCGGCGGCGACGCGGAGCCAGGGAGCCGGCCGGCGGGGCAGCUGCUGCUCGGAGCCCGCGGGGCGGCGGAGGAGGACGAGCCCGGGCACCACGAGCCGGGGCCCGAGCCCCAGCGGCGGCGGCGGGAGGAGGAGGCGGCGGCGCCGGAGGCCGGGGGCCGGGCCCGAGGGGCGCCUCCCCCAGGGAGCGGGCCGCGGGCGGAGCGGGAGCCGUAUGUGUCCAUGGAUCGGGGGGCCGCGCUGCAGAGGCGAGGCGGAGGCCUGAGCGGGGGCGUCUCGGCCGCCGGCUCCCCGGCGCUGUCGGGCGGCCAGGCCCGCCGGAGGAAGCAGCCGCCCCGGCCGGCCGAUUUUAAGCUGCAGGUCAUCAUCAUAGGUUCCCGGGGCGUAGGUAAGACCAGCCUGAUGGAGCGCUUCACGGACGACACCUUUUGCGAGGCCUGCAAGUCCACCGUGGGUGUUGAUUUUAAAAUCAAAACAGUAGAGUUAAGGGGAAAGAAAAUUAGAUUACAAAUCUGGGACACAGCAGGUCAGGAGAGAUUCAACAGCAUUACCUCAGCUUAUUACAGAAGUGCCAAGGGAAUCAUAUUAGUGUACGAUAUUACAAAGAAAGAGACAUUUGAUGAUCUACCUAAAUGGAUGAAAAUGAUUGAUAAGUAUGCCUCAGAAGAUGCAGAACUCUUAUUAGUUGGAAAUAAGUUGGACUGUGAAACUGAUAGAGAAAUCACUAGACAGCAAGGUGAAAAGUUUGCACAACAGAUAACUGGGAUGAGAUUCUGUGAAGCAAGUGCCAAGGAUAAUUUUAAUGUGGAUGAGAUAUUUCUAAAACUUGUUGAUGAUAUUCUGAAAAAGAUGCCUCUGGAUGUUUUAAGGAAUGAAUUAUCCAACAGUAUCCUUUCCUUACAACCAGAACCAGAAAUACCACCAGAACUGCCUCCACCAAGACCACAUGUCCGUUGCUGUUGAUUUGCUUCUUAGGAACAUAAUAAAAUAUAAAGAUUUUUGGGAAGGGAAAGAGUAUCUGUUCGACUCUGCACUACAAUCAUUUUGACAAUUUCGUGUCGCACUUUGUUAUCCAAGUCAGAGCUACACACUAAUCUGUAAAUAUGCAAAUAUUUAAUCCUGUGUAGGAUUUAACUAUGUUACACAUUUCACACACACACACAUACAUUUGUAUAUUUUCUUCAUUAUCUCAGUGUUAUAAAUAUUGUGUAGGCACUGGGGAGAAACUGCAGUACUCCUGAUAUAAAGGAGUGGGAGAAGUGAAAUCUAUAAUACUUCAAAUAAAUGUUUUAAUAGUUAUUGUCAAUUAUAUUAAAAUGGCAGAAAUUAUUCUGGUAUGAAGAGAGUAUUUGGUGCUUUGCUAACUAUUUUAAAGAUAAAUUUGUAAAAACUGAAGAAUUUUUUGAAUAAAGCUUCCAUAAGUCAUGUUUUUUUUUUUCCUUUAUUCAAAAGACUUUUUCAGCUGUAGCAUCUUUGUAGCAUUGGAAUGGUUCUGCAGCAAAGCAAAAAUACAUAUGAUUUCCAUCCUUUAAAAAAUAUUUAUUAAUAGUAUGUUAAUAAUGAUAGUAUAUCACUAGACUUAGAGAUAUUGGGCUUGACUUAGACUUAAGACAGCAAUAUUGCUGUCAUAGUUUCUUAAUGAACAGACUGUACACUAUACGCCACAGAAAUCAAGUAAAAAGAAAUGUAUUUGAAACUAGUACAGAUGUUAAAAUAACUCUGUUGUCCUAAGCAAAUCCUGUUUAAAGGAAUUUUUUGAAGAUACCUUUCUUAUAUCAAGGAACAUACAUGUAUUUGCCUGAUAUCUUGGUUCUUUUUAAUGGUAGACACAAAUAAAUAAAAAAAGCUUUUUUUUAAAAAAAAAAAAAAAAAGUGAAGCUUAUGUUCUGUCCAGCAUAUAUUGUACUCUAUUUUUGGGGGAAGUCAACAGGGUGGGGGAGUCUGAUAAUGAAUUUGUGAACUCUAUCUUUGGUAUAUCUUUUAUUAAGCUGCACUUUGUUUAGUUAAAGUAAAUAAGUAGUAACAUAUUUGAAUAACUUUGAGUGUCUUGAAUGUCGUGGCAUUGAAAAGCAUUGUGGUCUUUCUAAACUAAUGAAGUCCAAAUAAAAUUUUGUAUUUAUGAAUGACAAUGGAA